UACACUUACAUCUAGCAGUUGAUGGUAGAACUUUCUAUUGGUAAAACAACGACAACAUGGGGUGUGCUGCUAGUACUCCGUUUCCCAGUACGCCAAUUACUAAUCAACCAUUACCAAAACAGCAUGAUCACAAAACGGGCAGAUCUUCAACACCAACAAGAGAAGAAUUGCCUAAAAACGUAAAAUCCAGUCCUACAAGUAAAGAUAACAUCGAUUCCCAUAAAGAACCCGGUAACAUUGGUACUGGACUAGAAACUUACGAAACUGCCAAGACAAAUUCCGAAGUUGUAGGAGACGACAUGCGGGAAAUACACCAAGUCGGCGAAAUUAAAUCGACUGCAAUAGAUUCAGAACAGGCACAUUCUUCAAUAUCCCAAAUCAAUUCCGAAGUUGACUUAUCAAGGUGUGAAAAGUGCAGUGAUGAACCAGAUAAUAUUAAGGGGUUUGAAUCUGGACCAGGAUCUACUUCAGCUGUCCAUACACACAGGGAAGCUGAUGACAACCUGGAUGAAGCCAACGUGGAUGGAAUGAUGCACCACAAAGCAAAAACCAAGGAUGGUUCAGAGAACAGAGAUGGUGAUUUUGAACAGAGUCAGGCUCAGAACAGUGCUUCAGAAAAGAAUGUGAUAGAAGAAAAGGAUAUCAUAAAUACCAAUGAGUCCACAUGGGCCGAGUUAGGUAGAGGUUCGCCCAUUCAACGUUCCGGACAAGAAAUUCUCGACAAGAAUCCAGGACAGACUGUCAAUGAGCAGGAUACUAUAGCUAAAUCCGGACAAGAAAGUCUUGAUAAGAAUCCAGGACAGACUGUCAAUGAGCAGGAUACUAUAGCUAAAGCCGAACAAGAAAGUCUUGACAAGAAUCAAGGACAGACUGUUAAUGGUCGGGAUACUAUAGCUAAAUCUGGACAAGAAAGUUCUGACAAGAAUCCAAGUCAGACUGUCAAUAAUCAGGAUACUAUAGCUAAAUCAGUGGACGAGUCUAGUAUUCCAUGUAUACCACUAAGUGAUCCACGUCAUGACGGUGGAACAGUUAAAGUCCAAACCAUUGAGGAUUUAAAAUUGAACCUUCUUAGAGGAAACGUGAAUGUCCAGUGUCCCAGAACAGCAAAGAUUGUUCGAGUCUUUCUCAGCAGCACAUUCACGGACACCAAGAAUGAAAGAGAUCUCUUACUUGACGAUGCCUAUACGCGGAUGAAGAAAAAAUGUAAAGCAAAAGGAUACGAAUUUCAGUUGGUGGAUAUGCGAUGGGGUGUGGUCCAGUCCAUUGAUAACAGUCACAUGACUGGUGAAAUGUGCAUUAAUGAGAUAGAACAAUGCCAAAAGUUGUCUACUGGGCCCAAUUUUGUGACUUUACUGUCACACAAGUAUGGUUACUUUGCGUAUCCAAGAAUAAUCGAAAAGACCAAGUUUGAGAAACUUGCAGAGUUUAUUUCCUCAGAAAAAAGUGAGAACUCAUCAGAAUCUGACUUGGAUCUCAUCAAGAAAUGGUAUAUUCUGGAUGAGAAUUCUACGCCGCCCCACUACGUUCUCCAGGCAAUCAGCACGUAUUUCCCAGACUUUAUGUCCAGUGAUAAAGAUGUCUACAAGGGAACAAAAAGGAACUGGAACAAGACAUGCGAUAGGAUAGUUAAUAUUCUCAUUGAUGCAGCCAAACAGGCUUUUCAAGACGAGCGUUUCAUAAUCGGGGUGACAGAGUUUGAAAUUCAGCAAGGAAUCCUGGAGAAUGACAAACGUGCUGAUACAUGUCUCUGGCUAAAGAGACAAAUCAAGGGACUGGAAGAGGAAGUGGGAAAAAAGCAUAAAAAUAAAUAUAUUGACAGUAUUGAUGGCUCCGACUGGGCAGAGAGGAACAAGAAACUGAUGACCCAUCUAGUGGACGAGCUCACAGAGAAACUUCCCAAAGAGAACGUCAUUCCAUUCUCCAUAUCGUGGAAACCUGAAGCCAUCGAUCCAAUCGCCUAUGAUGAACACAAGGAAUACUUGGGAGAAUUCUGCUUUGAAUUUGAAGAGAAAGUCAUGAAACAGUUUAAAGAGGCUCUGAAGGGUAGCAAAGUCAAAGAACUUGGUGACAAACUGCUGGAAGAAAUCGCACAACACACCAGACUUUGCCAGGAAAAAUGUCGUGACUUCUAUGGAAGGGCCAAAGAGUUGAAGGUAUACCAAGACAUCUAA